UGGACAGUCUCUUCUCUCUGCUUCCUCCUCCUCUUUACAUAACUCCACUCUCACAGGACAGUCAUUUCCCCGCCUGCGCUCUUCCACUGAAGUCGUUACUGUUUUCUCCCAGCGUCCGUUUGAAAUAAUGAGGCUCGUCGUCGUUCUGGCUGUGUUAAUGGGAGUAAGUGGGAUUCCCGACGUGACAAUCAGCCCUCCGACUGCCUCAGCGGACACGUCAGCUCAUCCCAACAGCAUACCUGAGACGGCGGAUGAAUCUGAGCAGAUAAAGGCACGGACAGAGGAGGGAGCCGAGGAGGAUGUGAUGGCAACUGGCGAGCUGAACCCAAAUCACUACCCUGCCAGGAGGGCAGCUCAGGUGGUCCAACACUACCUCAACACCCGGUACGGUUCACCAUUCAGGCUGAUCGGAGUGCAGACGGUCCACAGUGGGAACGCAGAGGAUGUGGCAGACUCCGGAAGAAAGUAUCAGCUGGAGCUCUCGGUGAAUGAUAUCAUAACCAAUACUACACAGACUUGCUCUGCAGAGCUUUUCUUUCCAAAAGGAAAAGGGCAACAGCCACCUGAAGUCAAAGCCUCGCAUGAGGGGCUCCUUAAAAUUGACAUUAAAGCUCAAGAAGAGGCUCUAUACCAAAAAUACAAGACCAACCAAACCCUGAUGUCUGCACAGUACUUACCAGACAGCCACGGUCACAUCGAGCCCGACAUGAAGCCUUUUUGGCAUCUGGGCAUUCUGGCCUCCAGCUUCAUCAUGCUGAAUGAAUCCACUGAAAACACUCUGUACAACGUGGCUCAGGUGGCCAACAUCACUCAGCUGACAACUGAGGAGGACCACCUGGAGUUUGACUGUCACACACUGCUGCAUGAAAUGGUGUCCCAGGAAAUCAUUCACUGGAAGAUGCUGUUUACCUGGUCUCCUGCAGAGGGGGUUAAAGUGGUGCAGAUGAAGCGGCUGCCUCACCGCCAUGAAAGGGAAAAAUCUCCAAAGACUAACUAAUCUGUGGGUGUUCAUCACACAGCCAAGACCACUUAUUUGUCCUCACAUCUUGUGGGGUCAAAUAUUGGCGCAUAAAUGGGUUUUUGUUGUUGUUGUUUUUUCAUGAUGACGCUACAAGCACUAGGCACAGAUCUACUGCUGAAACCUAGAAUUUACACUCUUAAAUGCUUUAACUCAUAAGUAUAUGAUAUACUGAAAUUGUUUUAAAUGUCUGUGUUUGGUCUAUUUUAGCUUAAAUAAACUGUUUACAAUGACAAAGUA